UAAUUAAAAAAAUAUAUGCUAUUUCAUGAUUUUUCUUCAGAGGAUGGAUCCAGCAGUGACCCGUGUAGUGUGGAAUAUGCUGGACCAACAGCCCUCUCUGAACCGGAGACCAUGGCCUUAGCUAACGUCAUGAGACUGAGACAAGGUGAAUUGUUAGCUUAUAUCAGUCUACACGCAUAUGGACAAUUAUGGAUUUACCCAUGGGGCUACAAGAUGGAAGAACCCUCUGAUGUGGAUGAUCUGAACCGUCUGGCCAAUCGAGCUACCAACGCCAUUCGUCAUUAUUCCAACACCCGUUACCAGGUUGGUUCGUCGGCACGUGUUCUAUAUAUUGCAAGUGGUGCUUCUGAUGACUAUGCCAAAGCGAACCAUGGCAUCAAAUAUGCUUACACUGUUGAAUUACGUGAUCUUGGACAUUACGGCUUCUUGCUUCCACGAAAACUCAUACCAAAAACCUGUGAGGAGACAUUCGUCGGGCUGAAAGCUUUUGCUCAGGGUCUUUCUAAAAAGUCACGGCGACAACGUAAACGAAGAACAAAGAGACGACGGAGAUCUCGUAAACGUCGCACGUAACCACUCGAACUCUUCUGGAGAACAUAUCAGAACAGACAUCGUUUCAAGAUAUCCCCAUCUGUAAUAUCUGUUAUUUCUUCUAAUGCUGGUUGUAGUUUCUGUCUUUGCACUGGUCUCAAAUAGAAAUAAAUAUUUCUUUAGUUGAUUA